AUCUCAAUGUUUAUGAUUUUCAUUUAUUUCAUAAAUAUCGAACGCGUAUACAAAUAUAACACUAAAAAAAAAGAGCGCAUCAUCCAAAAAUUAAUCAUGAUUUGUGUUUGUCUGAUGAGCUGUGGUGGGCGUCUUUGAAAGUGUUGUUGUUAUUUCUUGUUUUUUUUUUUUGAUUCUGGUUCUCAUUGAUCUUUUUCUUUUUUUUACCAUAUUGUUGUAUUGUUGUUUGUGGAUAUACAUGAAAUCAUUCUUCAUUUAAAAUUCAUUCAUUGUUUCUGGGAUUUUAAAAAGCAAAAAAACAUAAACAAACCAAAAUGUUCUUGGAAAGCAUCUUUAAUGUUGACAAUGGCUAUCUUGAAGGACUUGUACGUGGUUUUAAAUGUGGUAUAAUUAAACAAACUGAUUAUCUAAAUCUUGUACAAUGUGAAACAUUGGAAGAUCUAAAACUUCAUCUACAAUCAACGGAUUAUGGUGGUUUUCUGGCUAAUGAAGCAUCACCAUUAAAUGUUUCGGUUAUCGAUGAUAAAUUGAAAGAAAAAUUAGUUGCAGAAUUUCAACAUAUUCGUAAUCAUGCUGUUGAACCAUUAUCGACAUUUCUUGAUUACAUUCUACAUUAUUAUAUGAUUGAUAAUAUUAUUCUUUUGAUUACUGGAACAUUGCAUCAACGACCAUUAUCCGAAUUGAUACCGAAAUGUCAUCCAUUAGGUUCUUUUGAUCAAAUGGAAGCUAUUCAUGUUGCAUCGACACCAUCUGAUCUAUAUAAUGCUGUACUAGUCGACACACCAUUGGCACCAUAUUUUGUCAAUUGUAUCGGUGAACAAGAUUUGGAUGAAAUGAAUAUUGAAAUUAUUCGUAAUACGGUAUUCAAAGCAUAUCUGGAAUCAUUUUAUAAAUUUUGUGAAGAACUUGGUGGUGUUACGGCUGAAGUUAUGUGUGAAAUUCUCGCAUUCGAAGCUGAUCGUCGGGCUUUUAUGAUUACAAUCAAUUCAUUUGGUACAGAAUUAAGUAAAGAAGAUCGUUCAAAGCUGUAUCCAACAUGUGGUAAACUAAAUCCAUAUGGUUUGGCUCAAUUAGCAAUGGCCGAUGAUUAUGAACAAGUGCGUAAUGUUGCCGAAAUGUAUGCCGAUUAUCGUGUAUUGUUUGAAUCACAAUCAAAUGCCGAGAAUAAAACAUUGGAAGAUAAAUUUUUUGAACAUGAAGUUAAAUUGAAUAUCAAUGCAUUCCUACAACAAUUUCAUUUCGGAAUCUUUUAUGCAUAUCUAAAACUGAAAGAACAAGAAUGUCGAAAUAUCAUAUGGAUCGCUGAAUGUGUUGCACAGAAACAUAAAGCACGUAUCGAUAAUUACAUUCCAAUAUUCUGAAAUGAAACCAUGGAAAAAAACAAACAAACAUCAAUUUAAUAGUGUGUGUUUUGUGUGUGUGUGUGUGUGCAAAAUGAAAUUGUUCGCCAU